AUGAGUAUUCAAACAGAGUUAUCGAAGAACAAAAAAAGACAUGUAAUAUGUAUGGCUUCAGACUUCUUUUAUCCCAAUACAGGUGGUGUAGAAGAACACAUUUACAAUCUAUCGCAAUGUUUGAUAAAACGCGGCCACAAAGUCGUUGUUAUCACUCAUUGUUACGGUGAUCGUGUCGGUGUCCGGUACUUGACCGGUGGACUUAAAGUUUAUUAUUUGCCUAUACGAGUUUUUUAUUCACAGUGUGCUCUUCCAACUAUGAUAUGUAAUAUAGCAAUAAUUAGAUAUGUAUUAAUACGGGAAUGUAUAGAAAUAGUUCACGGUCAUUCCGCCUUUAGUGUUUUAGCUCAUGAAGUAUCCAUAAUUGCCAAGUUAAUGGGCUUAAAAACAGUAUUUACAGACCAUAGUUUGUUUGGUUUUGCUGAUAUGUCAGCAGUGUUAACAAAUAAAUAUUUACAGAUUUGUUUAUGUGAAUGUGACCAUUGCAUCUGUGUAUCUCAUACUGGUAAAGAGAACACAGUAUUAAGAGCUAAAGUUAAAUAUAACAAAGUGUCUGUUAUACCAAAUGCCGUUGAUGCUUAUACUUUUACUCCUGACCCUAGCCAAAGAGAUCCAAAUGUAAUAACUAUUGUAGUAGUUUCAAGACUAGUUUAUAGGAAAGGUGUAGAUUUAACUGCAGCGGUGAUAGCAGAUAUGUGCCCUAGGUACCCUAAUAUAAGGUUUAUAAUUGGGGGUGAUGGCCCAAAAAUGUGGUUACUACAAGAAGUUAGAGAACAGAAAGGAUUUCAACAUUGUGUUACAUUGUUAGGAAGCCUUAAACAUUCUGAAGUCAGAGAUGUAUUAGUGCAAGGGGAUAUAUUUUUAAAUACAUCCUUAACAGAAGCUUAUUGUAUGGCUAUUGUAGAAGCAGCAUCAUGUGGUUUGAAAGUGGUAUCAACUAAAGUAGGUGGUAUACCAGAAGUAUUGCCAGAGCGUAUGAUUUAUUUAACGGAGCCAAAUGUGAGUAGUAUUGUAGCUGGUCUUGAACUUGCCAUGAAGGAUUUAAAAGAUGGCAAUGUCCUUUGUCCAUUUGAAUGCAAUAAAAUGGUUAGAAAAAUGUACAAUUGGAUGGAUAUUGCAAGACGCACUGAAAUAGUAUACAAUAGAAUAUCAUUAAAUAAAAACAAACCUUUGGGGCGGCAGUUAAAAAGCUAUUUAGAUUGUGGAGUUUGGCCAUUUUUAUUGGUUAUUAGUUUAAUGUAUUUAUUGUUACAACUAGCUGAAAAAAUAUAUAAACGAAAAUAUAUUGAUAUUGCAAAAGAUUUAAAAUUA